AUGUCGGCGGGCGCGUCCAAUGGGAUCGCGCCAAGCGUCGCCGUGACUGAUUCAUUGCGAGUCCUCGCCCACCCACCCACCCACCACGAACUUACGCUACAUGACCUGAACGGCAGCCAGUUCUCGCGCGGGACUCUCCCUUCGAGCUACCUCACGAUGCCGUCCGCCGCCGCAGACCAUCACCGCGCAUUGCAAGCUAUCAAAGACCUCACAGCUUCGCCCGAGUUCCAGAGCGUCGGCGACAGUUUCGCCGCCGACUUCAGCGCGUACGCGGACGAGCCGCUGUUCGACGACGACGACGACGACUACCCUGAGCCCGAGCUCGAGCACGACGAUUCCCCCAGUCCCCAUGAUACGCCCUACACGCCAUACCUCACCACGCCGCUUCUCGAUAUGGAGCACGACCUCGGCCCUGCGGGCCCUUACACUAUCCAGGAGACGGAGCUCGCGGGACAGCUGUUGGCGCUGCCUUGCGACAUCAGCGAGGCAGUGCCGGUCGCUGACUCCAAGCCGCCCGUUCCCCCACCGAUGCCCACCGAGAAGCUCCUCGUGUUCAGCCCGAGCACGCCCAUGCUCGACUCAUUCGACGCCUUCCCAUCGACAGCCCCCGUCAUCCCACCACCCCCUGCACGCUCCACUGGGACUCGCAGGCUUCCUUACGCCACCGGGACGCGUAAGGGGAUCACCCCGGCCGACCUAAUUCCCCGCGAUGCGCCGACGCAGCGCCGGACCUACAGGACGCCCAGCGCCACCUCGCGGAAAGCUGUCCCCGCGUCCCUGUCCCGCAAGCGUCUGCACUCGAGCGCUUUCGGUCACGAGGACGAUUAUGAGGCUCAAAGCGCGCUUCAGAAGAUCGUGGACAAGCGGCGGAGCAACACCCUCGCUGCGCGGGACAGUCGCCGGCGCAAGGUCGAGCAUAUCCUGAACCUCGAGGCCACGGUCGAUGAGCUCAAGACUGAGGUCGGCGUGUGGAGGGAGCGCGCGAAUAUGGCGCAGGCGCUGCUGAAGGCGCACGGAGUCAUGCUGGACUUUGGCGAUGCUUACCUUAGUUUGCUGGACUAA